GAUGAUGGCGCCUGCGCUGUCAGUAUGUCCGGGCGCAGAGCGACGGCCGCCACUCCCGAGCGCGGCUUUGCGCGGGUGCGACCGUCCCGAGGAGAUGUCAAGUGAAAGAAUAAGGACCAAAGGAGCGACGAACAAGAGGAGCAAUUUCCUACACCGCAUAAUCAGCGGCCUCCAAAUAAAGUGUCCGAAAGCGUCCUCGUCGUCAUCCUCGUCAUCAUCAUCAUCACCAUCAUCAUUAUUAUCAUCAUCGUAGGAAGAGGACUCUCUCCCUCCCCACAAAAAAAAGAGAAAAUUCCUCAAUUCCUCGAGGCUUCCAAAAAAAAUAUUUCCCUAUUUCGUCUCAAAAAAAAACAAAAUUUUCGUCCUCUUCCUACAUUUUUUUUUUCCGAGGUUUUUUGAAAUUAAAACGAACUCGGGAGAGUAAAAUACCGGCGCUUCAACGCAACGGGGGGGGAUAGAGGGCUAAUCUCUAGUGAUCAAAAAAUUAGAAAGAGUGGAAUUAAUUUUUUUUUUAUCAAUUAAAAAGAAAGGAAAAAAGAAAUGUGCGCGUAGAAGAAAAAUUCCCGCGGAAGGACAACUUUCGCUGGGAUUAGUGAGACGAGGAAACGAGUGAUUGUGUUUUUAUGAUCAUGAUGAUGGUUUUUUUUUUUUUUUUUGAAGUUUUGAAAAAAUAAGUGAUUUCUAUUUUUUGAAGGGGGUGGGGGAAUUUUUGAUUUCCGUAUUUGAAUCUUCAAGGACGCAUCUUUUGUAGAGCUGUCUCGCAGGACGAUGAGUUCCUUUCACGCCUUCUCCUGGACCUUUGCCCUCCUCACAGCCAUCGUGGCCUUACUGCUUGCCACCUAUCGUUCGCCUUUCGCACACGCUGCAACUGGAGGUGGAAGUAUGUUAGGUGACGUUAAUAUUUCAGCAAUUUUGGACUCCUUCUCGGUGAAUUAUGAUAAAAGAGUAAGGCCGAACUAUGGAGGUCCUCCUGUGGAGGUGGGCGUCACCAUGUACGUCUUGAGUAUCAGCUCCCUAUCCGAAGUGCAAAUGGAUUUUACGUUGGAUUUUUACUUUCGUCAAUUUUGGAAGGAUCCACGACUGGCAUUCAAGAAAAGAACUGGCGUGGAAACACUUAGUGUUGGCUCAGAAUUUAUCAAAAAUAUUUGGGUACCAGACACAUUCUUUGUCAACGAGAAGCAAUCGUAUUUUCACAUCGCCACCACCAGUAACGAAUUCCUUCGCAUUCAACACACAGGCAGUAUAACACGAAGUAUACGUUUAACGAUCACAGCGUCGUGUCCAAUGAAUCUACAAUAUUUUCCAAUGGAUCGACAGCUCUGUCACAUCGAGAUCGAGAGCUUCGGAUACACCAUGACGGACAUCCGGUACAAGUGGAACGAAGGAAUGCACAGCGUUGGCGUCAGCAACGAAGUCUCCCUACCUCAAUUCAAGGUCCUUGGUCACCGACAGCGGGCCAUGGAGAUUAGUUUAACCACGGGUAAUUAUUCGCGAUUGGCGUGUGAAAUUCAGUUUGUACGUUCCAUGGGAUACUAUCUGAUCCAGAUCUACAUUCCCUCUGGACUGAUCGUGAUCAUUUCAUGGGUGAGCUUUUGGCUAAACCGAAACGCAACCCCCGCUCGGGUCGCCCUCGGAGUAACCACUGUGCUCACCAUGACGACCCUUAUGUCCUCGACCAAUGCGGCCCUUCCUAAAAUCUCCUACGUCAAGUCCAUCGACGUCUAUUUGGGUACAUGUUUCGUCAUGGUCUUCGCAUCAUUACUUGAAUACGCCACAGUAGGGUACAUGGCGAAAAGGAUCCAAAUGAGAAAGAAUCGCUUUCAAAAGAUAGCAGAGAGCAUGAAAGCUGCCAGGGAAAAUCCAGGACCUCCUGGUAUUCCCGGAGAUCAUGGUGAUCACGCACCCAAACAAACUGAGGUGCGGUUCAAGGUCCACGACCCCAAGGCACACAGUAAAGGUGGAACACUAGAGAAUACAAUAAACGGUAGAGCCGACGAAGAAGCUCCACCUGUACCACAACAUCUCAUUCAUCCUGGCAAAGAUAUCAGCAAACUUUAUGCUUCAAAGCCCAGGGAGACGAUAUUAGGUAUCACGCCAUCGGAUAUCGACAAAUAUUCACGCAUCGUAUUUCCUGUAUGCUUCGUCUGUUUCAAUUUGAUGUACUGGAUCAUUUAUUUACACAUCAGCGAUGUUGUAGCCGACGAUCUUGUACUACUCGCUGAAGCCAAGUAAAAAGUGCGAAAAAAAGUCCAAAAAAAAAAAACUUAUUAAUAAUCAUUAAAGUGACACUGAUUUUUAAGUGUUUCCAAGACUAUUCAAAAAAAUAGAAA